AUGCUUAUUUUGGGAACAUCACAAGAGGUACCGCUGACAGCCUACACUGGAACAUACAACAACGCGGGAUAUCACGUUGUUACUGUGACCAUCAGAGGUGAAAAGCUGUUCAUUGACGCUAGCGACCGCUCGAUGGGGUUUAUUCUCACCUUUGAGCAUUUCAAAGACCAAACGAAAUAUAUUGCGUAUCUGACCGAUGUCCUGGAAGGUGGCAAUGAGCCCGUCGAUGCGGAGUUCAUUUUUCAGAACGGCAGGGCCGUGCGGCUGGGCUUGGAUCUGGAGCCCGCGGUCCGAGACCUCAUUUGGUUUGACUUUUUGGCAGCACCAGCCUCUGCAUGA